CGGACGGGACGCUCCAGUGUGGACACGUCGUUUAAUGUUGUGUCGUUUGAUUUGAGUAACAUUCCCCCCUCCUUUGUCUUAGCCUGGAGCAGAAAGUUGUCAAGUAAAGGAGGCUAACCUUGUGCUGUUAGCUGAACCAGCUAGUGUCCGCAGCUGUGACAUCUGCAGCGGAGCCGACACGCAGCGGGACAUGCUGGAUGUGUUGUUGGUUUUAAACAGAAACUGAAGGGUCUCUGCCGACAAUGUUUUUAUGAAGUGAAAGGAGGAAGAGACCGGUCAUUGUAAUGGGUAAAGAUUACUAUAAAGUGCUGGGAAUAGCCAAAGGUGCCACCGAAGAUGAGAUUAAAAAGGCGUACAGAAAACAGGCCCUGCGCUACCACCCGGACAAAAACAAGUCCGCCGGGGCAGAAGAUAAAUUCAAGGAGAUCGCUGAAGCCUAUGAUGUCCUCAGUGAUGCCAAGAAAAAGGACAUUUAUGACCGAUAUGGAGAAGAAGGAUUAAAGGGUUCAGCAGGUGGUGCAGGUGGAGGACACACCGGUCCGAGCUACAACUACACCUUCCAUGGAGACCCUCAUGCAAUGUUUGCAGAGUUCUUUGGUGGCCGCAGCCCAUUUGAUCACUUCUUCUCACAGAAUGGAGAGGACAGUAUGGACAUCAAUGACCCCUUUGGCAUGCCAUUUGGCAUGGGAGGGAUGGGCGGCAUGGGUGGGUUUCAUAGGUCCUUUAAAUCCCACCCAGGAGGCCCUCACAGGGCCCACGAAAGAAAGAAGGACCCGCCUGUGAUGCACGAGCUGAAGGUGAGCCUGGAGGAGGUUUUCUCCGGCUGCACCAAAAAGAUGAAGAUUUCUCGCAAAAGACUGAAUCCAGACGGCUGCACCAUGCGCAGUGAGGACAAGAUCUUAACAGUGGACAUCAAACGUGGCUGGAAAGAGGGGACGAAAAUCACCUUCCCCAAAGAAGGAGAUGAAACUCCCACUAACAUUCCUGCAGAUGUGGUGUUUGUGGUCAAAGACAAACCCCACCCAGUGUUCAGAAGAGAGGGCUCAGAUAUAAUUUACCCGGCAAAAAUAUCACUCAGAGAUGCGUUGUGUGGAUGCACAGUCAGCGCCCCCACACUGGAUGGCCGGACCAUCACUGUGACCUCCAGAGACGUUGUCAAGCCCGGAAUGAAAAAGCGCAUUUCUGGAGAAGGGCUGCCGCUGUCCAAGUUCCCCGAGAAGAGGGGCGACAUGAUCUUGGACUUCUCUGUGAAAUUCCCGGAAAAACUUGGCCAAAACACCCGCGACGCACUCAGGCAGAUUCUUCCACCGUGACUUGAAAGGACUAAAGUUUGCUAAACUCUUAACAUAUCUGCAUUUCCAGUGGCACUCUCCUGUGCACCGUUAUAUUUUAGCCCGAACGAUUGAGGCUCAGGGCAGAUUUGCUUCCAGCUGAGUGUAAUUUUACCGUCUGAGCAACAAAUCCAUAUUCUUAAACAGUAUCAAGUCAGUUUAAUGGAGUGUCUUAAGACAACAGAACAGCUGAUUUUAACGCUUCUUGUCUGCAUUCAGCUGAGGUUCAGUAACAGUAUUCAGUAACAGACUGCCAUUUGUCAGUUUAAAGGAGGAGAAGUAAAUAGAAGAAGCCUCUAUCUAUCUGUCAAUCUCUCUAUCUCUCUCCCACUCACUCUAUAUAGCUCUAUAUAUAUAUCUAUAUCUAUCUAUAUCUAUUUAGUGAAAAAGAAAUUACACCCCAUGAAAAGCUAUGGACAUUUUUUAAUCUUCAUUUUUAACACAUUUAGUUUAAUAUUGAGAAACGUAGUUAAUAUAACUUAACAAAUAAAACUAAAGACCCAACUUUUAAAAAUGAUCAGUAAAUGUAAUUAAUAGAAAUGGAAUUUUCUUGCUAGGAAUAAGUGAGGACACCCCCACAUUUAUUACUACUUAAAACACCUAAAAUUAGAAUUCAAUGUGCCACAUCAGGUGCAAAUCAUCAGAACAUCAUUACGGCGGGAACACACCGAAGAAUGACGAAAAGCAAUCUCUAUGGAAACUCGCAGCAGGCCGCUUUUCACCACUCUUCGGUGUGCUCCCGGUGUUAGAGAUGAUUUUGGAGGAGCCUGCCUUAUUUAAAACAACAUUUGUAGUUUGGUUUGCUGGUGAUUGUUGAAGUGAGUAGUAUCACUAUUGUGAGAUGAAAAGAGCUCUCUGAGGCUUUUAGAAAGAAGGUCGUAGAUACAUCUGGAAUGAAUUUAAAAGAUCUUCAGACAAUUAAAAAUCAGCAAUUCCACUGUCUGGAAAUUUGCAAGUAGAGAACAUUUAAAACAUCUGCUAACAUGGCCAGGUCAGACUGUCCUAGCAGGUUCAGCCCAAAAGCAGAGCACAAGAUGCUUAAAAAUGGUCUCCAGCAAUCCUAAAAUGUCAUCACGCACUUAUAAGUAGCUCUUACCACAGCUGAUGUCAAUGUAUAUGUACCAACCAGCAGAAAGAGGAGGAGGAAACCCUGCUGUCCAAAAAAACACAAACAAUGUGCUUUGGACAGAUUAAUCAAAAUUACAAUUAUUUAGGCACUGUAAUAAAAGACAUGUUUGGCACAAAUCAAAGUCAGCAUCUCAUAGCAGCUGUGUGAAGCAUGGGGGCAGAAAUAUCCUAAUUUGGUGCUACUUUGCUGCAGCAGUGUCUGUCCAGAUCCCCAUCACAGAAUCCACUAUGAAUUUUUUAUUGUGUCAGAUGUUGCUUAAGGAAAAAUGUGAGACUUUCUGUCCAAAUAUUGAAGCUGAUGUGGAUCAUGCAACAUGACAGUGACACAAAACAUUACAGUAAAUCCACAGAGGAGAAAGAAAUGGAGAGUCCUGGAAAGGCUGAGUCAAAAGCCCGGAUCUUAAUCCUAUUGAAAUGCUGUUGUGUAAUUUAAAACGGGCUGUGUGCAAGAAACGCCUCAUACAUCACACAGCUGAAAGAAGUGGACUGUUAUAGGAAACGUCUAAUUGAGGUUAUUUCAGCCAGAGGGGGCAAUACAAGCUAUUAGGGUACAGUGUGUCCUAACUUUUUCCUCCAAUAGGAAAGGUCAAAUUUCAUUGUUUUUGGUUCAGUUACACCACUUUAUCUAUAGAUGGUGUUUGAAAGUAGGUUUAUGUCCAUAUAUUUCAUGGGGUGUCCUAAUUUUUUCACUACUGUGUAUAUAUAAAAUCACACAAGGUGUCAAGUAGUAGCCGUUGGUUUGGCUCUUUAAGAAGGAGAUGAUCUGAUCAUAGAAACCAGACUUUUUUUUUGAAGCAAAGCUCACUGAUUUGUCCCACUUAAAAAAAUGUAAAAUAGGAAAUGAGGAUUUGGUUUCACAGCAGUUUUUGGGAGUGCUUCAAGGCAACACGCAGCCAGCUAAUUAACAAUACCUCAGGUGCAGUGAUGCAUGCUUGAAAGUAGCUAAAACUUCAUUAUUCUGCAGGGUUUUGGUUACUGUUACAUAGACUGAAAUUAACUGCACCCAUCCUGAGAGGUGAGAACAUUUUAAAUAGGCGUGCAACGAGCUGAUCCACGGUAGCAAAUCGGUAUCGGCCAGAUGUGACCAAUGAGCAUUAAUUGUCCUUGUCAGUGUCAUAAAUGAAAUAGUGUGUUUCUGCUGCCAGUUACACUCAUACAGUCACUGGAAAAUCCAUUUAAAAUAAGCCUAUAAAUAAUGGUGGCAUGUGGACGUGUCCAGUUAUAAAUAAAUAGCGAUGUGACCUUACAGUCAUAUAAUGACUAAUUCCAGCGAGUGACGUAGCAUCAUACAGACUUUAAAUUUAGGGAGGAGAGCACUACUAUCAGCAUCAGUAGUCUGUGUCAGCAGAUAUUUGAGUUUAAGUAUCAAGUCAAGAGAAAAUGAUCAAAUUGAUACGUCCCUCGUGUUAAAGUUGGCACAUACUGCAUAAAUGUUUACUUUCAGAUGUAUCCUGUUUAUCCAGGAGUACACACCCACCCUAUUGCUCCUGUAAAAUGUCUGUGGGGAGACUUUUUGUGCCAAAUAAUAGUCCUUGUGUAAUUAUAAUGUGUGCGUGUGUGUGUCUGAAAGUGUGUCGAGAGCAUGUGUGUAUUUCGUCAUGUGUGACUAACAAACUACCAAAAUCUAUUUACUUCAUUCAGACCCUCUGAGUAAACACUGUGUGUGUGUGUGUGUGUGUGUGUGUGUGUGUGUGUGUGUGUGUGUGUGUGUGUGUGUGUGUGUGUGUGUGUUACAUUUCAGUUCCUGAUCUGUUAACUGUCUGUUUUAUUUCAUCUGAAGCCAGUCAGUGUAUUUUUUUAACCUGACAUGUUAUGAGUUUGGUGUAUCAGUCAGGUGAAAUAUAGUCGUUUUGAUCUUAAAGUUUCACUCCUAACUGUCUUUAAAGGCCUGUAGGAUAUAUUUUUCUUUCAUUAUUUUGUCCUCCAUCAUGUCUUCUAUUAGAGCUUUUAACGGCACUUGCUUCAACAAAAUCUGGCAAAAUGUGAAGUGUGUAUUCACAGUUCAGUACUAAGCUACAACUAUUCAAAAGCCUGUGCACUUUUGACUGUAGUGAUGAAGGACGUUAGUUACUCAGUUAGUUUGUUUGCACAUUCAGAUUUUUUUGUGUUACCGUGACUGUCGGAAAACAUUUCAUGGCGGUCAUUACUUGCCUCCUCAUCCUGCUCCUGGUGGAGUUUUAAGUUUCUAUUUGACACAAACAUGUGGUUUAACAUGAACGUAGAGAUGUGUAAUCUCUCUUAAUGUUUAACUAUUUUUUUGUUUGAUUUUAAACAAAAGAUUUGCUUUUAUUUUUUUUCCUUUUUAUGGAAAAAUGUGUAAGCAUUAUUAUUUUGUUUGACUUCCUGUUUAUGUUGUUUUGAAAUUCUUCAGGUUGGGAUUCAGGACAUUUUUGAUUUUUAACAACAAAAGCUUUUAUGACUUGAUAAUGGGAUGAUAACUUUUAAUAGAUAUUUCCUAUGCUGUGAUGAUUUGGAUUUCCACAUUAAAGAGACUAGCAAACAAAACCCGGGAACGUCUCAUCACUUAUGGUCUAUGCAUUUUAAUUAUUGAUGACAUUUUCUCUCUGUCUGCACUAUGAAGAAGCAUUCACUGUAUUAAU